AUGUCUGAUGUUCAUAUUGACGCUAAUGUGUUUUAUAAGAGGUUGUCGAUUUUACAACGAGAAAUUGAGAAGCAAUCUAUACAGCAAGGUUUAGUCAUUGUUGGCGCGCGUAAUGACGAUAACACAUACAAGAAAUCAACAGUGUUGCAAAACUGGCUACUUGGGUACGAGUUUGUUCACACUUGCAUUUAUUUCACUAGUAAGAAAUGUGUAUUUAUUACAUCAGAAGGAAAGGCAAAAUACUUGAAGAAUUUGACUAGUAAACCUGAUUUGGUUGAGUUGUGGACAAGGAGUAAAGAUGCUGAGAAGAAUAAGCAAUUAUUCCGCGAUUUGAUUGAGGAAAUGAAAAAAGUUGGUGACGACUAUGGUAUUGUGCUCAAGGAUAAGUAUGAAGGGAAAUUUGUCGAUGAAUGGAACGAAAUAAGUAAAGAUUGCGGGUUGAAACAAGUUGACCUAGCAUUGGCUAUUUCCAAAGCAAUGGAAUUGAAGGAUUCGGAAGAGUUUGAAAACAUGAAGAUCGCCUCAAAUUCAAGUGUUGUGAUGAUGGACACUUUUGUUGAUCAGAUGAUGACUAUAGUUGACGAGGAGAAGAAAAUUACCAAUUCACAGUUGACCGAUCAGAUCGAGGACAGGAUUGAAAACAACAAGUGGUAUUUGAAAUCAAAAAUGGGUAAGAACUUGUUACAGCUGAUUAAAGAUUUUGACCCCGAGUUUUUGGAGUGGUGUUAUUCUCCGAUUAUACAAAGCGGAGGUGAAUACGACUUGAAACCAAGUGCGAUUUCAACUGAGAAACCUUUGGUUGGAGAUGGAGUGAUUCUAGCAUCUAUUGGGUUGAGGUAUAAAUCCUAUUGUUCCAAUGUAGCACGUACAUUUUUGAUUGACCCAACCAAGGACAUGGAGAGUAAUUACGACUUUCUCUUAAAGUUACAGGAAUACAUUGUACAGAACUUAUUAAAGAAUGGAGUCAAGGCUAGCAAGGUUUAUACAGGUGCUCUAGAUUUCAUCAACAAGGAGAAACCUAAUUUGGCAGCAAAUUUCACCAAAAAUUGCGGUUGGUUAAUUGGUAUUGAGUUUAGAGACUCGACAUUUGUUUUGAACGCAAAAUCGGAUAGAGAGUUAGCCGACGGUCAAUUGAUUUCCUUAACUAUUGGAUUCAACAAUAUUCCCAAUGGGAAGAAAAAACCAUACUCUUUGCUUUUAACAGAUACAUUUAAAGUAAGUGUUGACAAGCCUAUAUUAUUAACAAAUUAUACCAAGAGCAGGUCAGAAAUAUCCUUCUUUUUCAACGAUGAAGAGGAAACUAGGAAACCUCAACCUGAAAGAAAAGUCCUUGAAAAUACAGAUAAUUCAAAGAUUCUCAAGUCUAAAUUAAGACACGAGAACAGUAACGCAGAUGAUAAGAAUGCUGAAAAACUAAGACAGGAAAUCCAAGCGAAAUUACACGAAAAGAGAACUCAAGAAGGUUUAGCGAGGUUUUCUAAAGCCGAUGCAACUGAUUCUUCAGAUUAUAAGCCAGUUUUCAAAAAAUACGAGUCUUAUGUACGCGAGUCUCAAAUCCCAAAGAGCGUUGCCGAUUUGAGGAUUCACGUUGAUUAUAAAAAUCAAACCAUUAUAUUGCCUAUUUCAGGUCGUCCUGUUCCUUUCCAUAUCAACGCAUACAAGAGCGGCUCCCAAAAUGAAGAAGGCGAGUAUACCUAUUUAAGAUUAAAUUUUAACUCGCCUGGUGUUGGAGGUAACGUUACAAGGAGAACCGAGCUUCCAUAUGAAGACUCUUCUGAAAAUACUUUUUUGCGUUCUAUCACCAUUAGAUCAAAAGAUCAUGAUCGUAUGGUUGAUGUGUUUAAAGCUAUCCAAGAUUUGAAAAAGGACUCUGUUAAAAAAGAUCAAGAGAGGAAACAGAUGGCGGAUGUUGUCACACAAGCUAAUCUCGUUGAAUUUAAAGGAUCGAGAGUUAAGAAAUUGGAGAAUGUAUUUGUCAGACCUACUCCAGAUACAAAAAAAUUGGGUGGUUUAUUACAAAUUCAUGAAAAUGGUCUUAGAUACCAGUCGAGUUUCAAAACCGAUCGAAAGAUUGAUGUAUUAUUUUCUAAUAUCAAACAUUUGUUUUUCCAACCAUGUAAAGAGGAAUUGAUUGUACUUAUACAUUGUCACUUGAAGACUCCUAUUAUGAUUGGUAAAAGGAAAACUUUUGAUUUACAGUUUUAUCGAGAAGCUAGUGAUAUGGCUUUUGAUGAAACUGGAGGUAGGAAAAGGAAGUAUAGAUAUGGUGAUGAAGAUGAAUUGCAACAAGAACAAGAAGAAAGAAGGAGGAAAGCAUUGUUGGAUAAGGAAUUCAAGCAGUUUGCCGAAUUGAUAGCAGACAGCUCUCAUGGACUUGUUGACUUGGAUGUACCAUUCAGAGAGUUGGGUUUCCAAGGUGUUCCAUUCAGGUCUUCAGUAUUGUGUAUUCCUACAAGAGAUUGUCUUGUUCAGUUAAUAGAUCCACCAUAUUUGGUGGUUACAUUAGAGGAAGUUGAGAUUGCCCACUUGGAAAGAGUUCAAUUUGGGUUGAAAAAUUUUGAUUUAGUGUUUGUUUUCAAGGAUUUUGCGAAACCGGUAGUGCAUAUCAAUACCAUUCCCAUGGAACUAUUAGAGGAUGUGAAAUCAUGGCUAACUGAUGUGGAUAUCCCACUAAGUGAAGGUCAAAUGAAUUUGAACUGGGUGCAGAUUAUCAAGACCGUUCAAGCUGAUCCCUACCAAUUCUUUUUGGAUGGAGGUUGGUCAUUUUUAACAGGUACAGGAGAAUCAGAUGAAAGCGAGGAAGAUGACCAAGAGAGUGAGUUUGAAGCAAGUGACGAUGACCCUGAAGAUGAAAGCGAAGAAAGUGAAGACGAUUAUGCAAGUGAAGGAGAAAGCGAUUUCUCUGGUAGUGGUAGUGGUAGUGGAAGCGAAGCUGAAAGUGAAGAAAGUGGAGAGGAUUGGGACGAAAUGGAGAAGAAAGCAGCCAAAGCCGACCGUGCCAGUGGCUUUGAGUAA